UCAGCCUCGGUGAUAUGAAUAAUUAUAUUUCAAACAUACACUGUUUAUAUACCAAACAAACAGACUACAUCGUACCAUAAAAUAGAAAGUAACAUUUGUACAAGAUUUGACCUCCAGAGAAUGACACAAAUACACUGACCAAUAGGGAAAUGACACGUUGGAAGAAUAUUGACCAAUGGGGAAAUGACAUUAUUUCUCAUUCAGAAAAACCUCAAGUGUAGCUACAGAUGUGAUGUCUAUUGAUGUAAAUCUUUAUGUACCACAUACAUUUGAAUCAUUUCUACAAUUCCUUUGCAUUCCAAAAAUCUUUUUAUUUCGUCAAGAGUUCUUUAAGAAAUCAAGCUCCAAUUAUAACAGUUAGCAUCAGAAACCGUUAAAAGCUUGAGGAAAUAUACGUAUAGUUAUGCACAAACGACUGGUAGGAUAUGAAGAGAAUAUUCAAUAUAGUUAGCCUAAUCGUUAUCUAACUCCGCCUGUAGCUCUCCUAGAGUUACUGCCGGUCCCGAGCCCGGAUAAAGGAGGAGGGUUGGGCAUGGGGUUAGUGUCCCCAUCCCGUAGAAAACUAACUCGCUAAAAAAACGCUAACCAGAAAAAAUAACUCAAACCAUUUAAACUCUGUCCUGGGAGUUAGAAGGUCUUCAUUUAGAAGAGUUAUGACACCUCAUGAUGAAAGCCGAGUUCCUUCGGAAGCCAUGAGGCCGAUGCCCCUUCUAACAACCAGAGCAACAAUUUUUAUAGGUACAUGGAACGUCCGGACAAUGUUGGAGACCGGGAAGACCAGUCAAAUAGCAACAGAAAUGAGGAGAUACAACUUGGCAGUACUGGGAAUCAGCGAAACCCAUUGGACCCAAGCUGAACAACAAAGGCUAAAUACGAAAGAGAUGCUGUUAUACUCCGGUCAAGAAGAGGAAAAUGCCCCACACACUCAGGGAGUUGCUCUAAUGCUGUCCAAAGUAGCACAAAAUGCACUUGUAGGAUGGGAAUCUCACGGAUCCAGAAUCAUCAAAGCAUCAUUCAAAACAAAGAAGGAGAGGAUCACAAUGAACGUUAUCCAAUGUUAUGCACCCACCAAUCAUAGCAACGACGACAUUAAAGAUCGAUUCUAUGAGAGGCUGCAAUCAUUCAUAGAGAGGUGCCCAAGAAAGGACCUCACCAUUCUGAUGGGAGAUCUAAACGCCAAAGUCGGAAUAGACAACACCGGAUAUGAAGACAUCAUGGGACUGCAUGGACUGGGAGAGAGAAACGAAAACGGGGAAAGAUUUGUAAAUCUGUGUGCAUUCAACGAAUUGGUCAUAGGCGGCACAAUAUUUCCACACAAACGUAUACACAAAGCUACAUGGACCUCACCGGACCACAAGACAGAGAAUCAGAUAGAUCAUAUUUGCAUCAAUAAAAAGUUCCGAAGGACAAUGGAAGAUGUGAGAACCAGGAGAGGAGCGGAUAUAGCUUCAGAUCACCACCUGGUUGUGGCCAAUUUAAAACUGAAGCUAAAGAAGAACUGGACAACUGGACAAACAGCGCUGCAAAGGUUCAAUACAGCCUUCCUUCGAGAUACUGACAAACUCAAUGAAUUCAAGAUAGCUCGCAACAACAGGUUCCAAGCCCUACAGGAUCUACUGAAGGAAGAAGAAACUACUAUGGAGGAUAGCUGGAAAGGUAUCAAAGAAACAUUAACUUCAACGUGUCAAGAGGUUCUGGGCUCCAAGAAACAUCACAAGGAAUGGAUCUUUAUAGAAACACUGGACAGGAUCAAAGAAAGAACAAGAAGACAGCAAUUAACAACAGUCGAACAAGAGCAGAGAAAGUCCAAGCACAAGCUGAAUAUAUAGAAGCAAAUAAGCAAGUGAAGAGGAGCAUUAGAGCCGACAAGCAGAAAUACGUGGAAGAACUAGCAACGACGGCGGAGAAAGCUGCAGGAUAAGGGAAUAGGAAACAGCUUUUUGAUACAGCAAAGAAACUAGCAGGGGAAUAUAGUAAACCAGAAAGACCAGUCAAAGACCAAGAAGGAAGACUGAUCACUGAGACUCAACAACAGCGGAACAGAUGGGCAGAGUACUUCGAGAAACUCCUGAAUAGGCCGGCUCCAAUGAAUCCACCGGACAUCGAAGCAUCACACACAGAUCUUCCUAUAAAUGUCAAUCCACCAACGACGGAAGAAAUCAGAAUGGCCGUCAGACAAAUCAAGAGCGGGAAAGCAACAGGACCCGACAAUAUACCA